AAAGUUUUUUUAGGAAGACAAUCUUAUACGUGGCGCAGUCGAAUCAGCAUACGGACUCGGCAAGUUGUGUUCUUCGAUUACAGAAAAGAAUUUGCAAUAUUGCAUGUUUAUUUAUUGAGAAGAUAUGGACAUUUCUAAUUAAUAUUAAUUUCUCAAAUUGCUCACCUCCCGCACGAUACAGUACAGCAUCAUUUUUCAAGGCAAAAAUGAAAAAGAAGACUGAUUUCUGUCAAAUAUGGCUUCUUUUUGCCAGUUUUUGCAUUUGCGUUCUCUCUCAAGAUGAUGGACCCAUAAUUUAUCCAAUGGAGCUAGAAACCCGCAUUGAGCAGACAAGGAAGUUAACAAACUGCUUGAAUAACCACGAGAAGACUGUUCGACCUGCCCCUGUUUUCAGAGUUAAAACGUAUAAUGAAGAGAAUCUCAGCUUCAAAGACUGCGGGCGGUGGAGUGCAAGUGCAAAUGAAACUGGUCCGUGGCAUGGGCUGGCCAACAAUGGAAAAGAUGGCAACACUUGUUCUUUAUUUCUUGUGUCAGAUAGAACGUUCAUCUCGUUUGAGUGCCCGUUACUCAAAGGAUUCAACAAUAGAAAUGAAAUUACGGGUGUUUCAAUUUACGGCGGAGAAAGAUGUUUUGAGCGCGACAAUUGCAGAUUCAAUCACCGUUUAAUUACUCAAAAGAUCCGCAAAGUGUCAGAUAUAUACAUAGGACACAAGACAUUAUUCGGAGACACUAUACACGUUUGGGAAGUUGAUGAAAGGAUUCAAUUUUCCGACAGUUUGAAGCCUAUUUGCUUGUGGAACCGCAACGAAAAAAAUGAUGAUAAUAAUAAGAUUGAAAAAUAUUACGGUCUAGCUUUUGGAACAGGCCACAGCAUAGACGUAAAUAUUAAUCCAGAGGAAAACUGUUAUUUAGGCACAGUGACAAAAGGAGAGUGUGACCUUUAUGGAAAUUCACUCUGCACCAAAGGACUUAAUUCUGGAUUUUACUUGGUGAUAAAUCGAGAUGAUCGUUUUUAUUUAAGGGGAAUGUUGUACAACUGGACGAGUAAUAAAGAGUUUAAACAGUGGGUCGAUUUGCUUCCCUUUACGAGCCAGAUAGUGUCAGCGUCCGCAGGGCUAGCGAUGCUGCCACAUAUUCCUGCGCCGAAGGAAAAAGUUGAUUUUGGUGAGAAUCAGAGUUUCCCUGGCUGUGGCCGAGUGGCACGUCGGGGUUUUCGAAGGAAAAGAGAUGAAAAGUUUUCAGCCGAAAGUUUCAUUUUCAAUAGUUACGACGCAAUCAAAGGAAGAGCGCCGUGGCACGCGGCGUUAACCCGUUAUUCUGACACAGGCCCUCUUGCAAUUGAUUUCUGUGGAGCCACGCUGGUCUCCAAAAGGGCUAUUAUCACAGCUGCGCAUUGUCUAUUCGACGAAAACGCGGAUUUGAUAGAGGCAGCGCGACUUGGAAUAACACUGGGCAUGCACGAUGCGUCCAAAGACGAAGAAGAUUCAAGGCAAAGGUUCAGGGCAUUAGAACUCCAUGUUCAUCCUGGUUAUAACCAUUCAAAAGGUGACUUUCGAGAUGACAUAGCAGUGAUAAUUCUUCGCGAGGGCCAGGUCAGGUUCAACAGUUACGUCCGACCAACUUGUUUAUGGAACGACGAUUACGAGUUGGAUAAAAUAGCAAACAAAACAGGCAAAGUAGUAGGUUGGGGCCACACGUCUGAUUACCGACAAGCAAAUAUUUUACAAGAGGCUGUGCUGAAAAUCGCGUCUUACGAGGAGUGCUAUGAGAGCAAGAGGCUUUUCUUCUCUCGAAAUCUUCGACCCACCGAGAACUUCUGCGCUGGUUUUCCACACAAUCAAACGAGCGCCUGCAGCGGAGACAGUGGUGGUGGUUUUGUCUUUUUCAAUGACACUUUGGAGCUGUUUUUCUUGCGCGGGGUGGUCAGCGCCGGACGUUCGAGAACCGUGGUGACAGAUGAAGGCGAAUUCGUCAAUACCUGCAACCCUAGUUACUACGCACUCUACACUGAUGUCACCAAUUACAUGCAGUGGCUCGUGAACAAAAUACCAGAUAUCAGUCAACCCCAGUCAUAGAAGUUUGAAUCCGGAAAUUUCUUGCAUUUGUUAUUUUCAAUUCCUCGAAUUCUUUAUGCCAAAAAAAAAUGGAUUGGGGAAUAUUUAUUUGAAUAAAUUAUUUAUACACUUGC